AUGGGGUGCUUCACCUUUAUCAAGGUUAUGAUGAUCCUUUUCAACCUGGCCAUAUUUCUCAGUGGUGGGACCCUCCUGGGAGUUGGUGUCUGGGUCACAGUGGAUGAAAAGUCAUUCCUGGAUGUAUUUGGGGCGCUCUCCUCUAGCGUCCUGCAUGUUGUGAAUGUGAGCUACUUCCUCAUCGUCAUUGGUGCCAUCCUGCUGGUGAUUGGGUUCCUCGGGUGCUGUAGUGCCCAGAAAGAGAGCAAGUGUCUCCUGAUGGUGUUCUUCUCAGUGAUGCUGAUCAUCUUCAUUGCUGAAAUUGCUGCUGCUGUGGUGACCUUGGUCUACACAAAUAUUGCAGAAACGCUGCUGAAGUCUGUGGUGACCCCUCUCCUUCAGAAGAAGUAUGGCAGUGAUCCAAUUCUCUCAGAGAACUGGAAUGAGACCAUGAAAGAGCUCAAAUGCUGUGGCCUGAAUAACUACACAGACUUCACCGACUCCCCCUGGUAUAAGGAGCACAACAGCACCUUCCCGACCACCUGCUGUGAGGACCUGCAGCCCUGCACCUCUGUCCUGGCUGCACAGAAAAAUGUCACGGGUUGUUUCAAGCAGAUUGUGCAAGAAAUAAAGACUCAUGGAGGUGUGGCAGGUGGUGUGGCAGCUGGCAUUGCUGCCCUGGAGGUUGCAGCCAUGGUGGUUUCCAUGUACCUGUACUGCCAGCUGGAUCAGAAGUGA